AUGGAGACUCUCGACGCGAUCCUCGUGAGAUACGUCGCCCAAGGGGACGACACCCGCGACAAGCUUCUUGGGGCAGCAUUCGUCGUCGUUCACAGCAAUAAAACCCUCUACGAAGGCUCCACCGGCCGCACCUCCAUUCCAUCAAACAGCACCCCCUUCACCCCUUCCUCCCUCACCUGGGUCGCCUCGUCCAGCAAAAUCAUCACCGUCCCCGCCAUCCUCACCCUCGUCGAACGCGGCCUCUUCUCUCUCGACUCCGACGUCCGACCCCUUAUCCCCGAGCUCGCCGCCCUACAGAUCCUACGCGGUUUCGACCCCACAAAUGGCGCACCCAUUCUCGAAGACAACGAUACCAAAAUUACACUGCGCCACCUCCUCACUCACACAGCCGGGCUAGCGUACGACCUCGCCGACCCGGACUUAAGGAAGUGGUCAAAAUCGAUAGACAGGACGGACAAUAACCUACACCACACACUAGCGGGCUGGACGACCCCGUUAAAGUUUACCCCGGGCCAGGGCUGGCGGUAUGGCACGUCGAUCGAUUGGGCGGCCCAGCUGGUCGAGCGCGUGACGGGCGAAACGAUCGGCGUAUACCUUGAGGAAAACAUACUACGGCCGCUCGGCAUGGCAGACACCACGUUCCACUCCAUCUCCAAGCGCAAUCUCGGCAAGGCAGGCUGUACGCUGCGCGACCGCGGGACGGGGUCGCUACAGAUGCGCCCGUUGCCGGUGCCUCUGGAACCGCCGGUCGAGUGCGGGCGCGGGAUUGGGCAAGAAGAAGGCGGGAUUCCGCAAAAGGAGACGGUGGAUGAGAUGUUCCGUCCGCAGCUGAACGACGUGCAGCGGACAUCGCUGCAGGAUAGGGUAAACAAUCGGCACAAUACGAUGAUUCCGGAGUUUCCGCCGGGAACGGUGGUACAACACGGGAUCGGAGGGGUAAUGAACGUGGAGGACGUACCGGGGAAGAGGAGGGCGGGGAGUAUGCAUUGGAUGGGCAUGGCGAAUUGUCACUGGUGGAUCGAUAGAGCGACGGGGAUUGCGGCGACGCUGAUUGUGAAUAUUUACCCGUUUCCUAAUGCUGUUUUUAUUAACCUGUACGACGAACUCGAAAGAGCUGUAUAUGGAGAGUUGUUGGCCGAGCUGCGGAAGUAG